GAAGAAGCAUGUUUCGUAUGCUGUAGAACGAGGCCACGACACGAUUCUUGAAUUCUUCUGUUCUCGCGUACCAAACAAAAACAUCUUACAUAAGGCCCUUAAUGAAAUUAUUUUAUUCCACUUUAGUGGGAUCUGCCGAACGAGAGGCACCCAGAAGAUCCUCUACAGCGGGACAUUGUCGUUGAUAUUUGGACUUUUCCUCACAUUUUCGCCAAUUCCAAACGGUAACGUCAUUUGUUUGCUAGAAUCGUCAUGGCUGAUGAUUUUGAUGUUGAGGCCAUGCUGGAGGCGCCGUACAGAAAGGAUGAGGUCAAGUCUUCUCAUGCAAACGGACACGAUGGCCAGAACAGGAAGAAGAGGCGGAGCAAGAGCCGAAGCCCAGGCUCCAAAAAAAGAAGGAGCCGAAGCAGAGACAGAAAGAAGGCCAAGAAGAGGAGCAAGAGCCGAGAAAGGAAGCCAAGCCACAGCAAGGAACGGCAUCGUAGCCGCUCUCGAAGUAGGGAGCGCGCUGGGCGCUACAAAGCCCGCAAGAGCCCAGUAAGGAAGCGUUCCAAAAGUCCUUUCAAAAAAGAGAAGAGUCCAAUCAGGCAACCAAUUGACAACCUAACACCAGAGGAGCGAGAUGCCCGCACCGUUUUCUGUAUGCAGCUGGCUGCUAGAAUCAGAGCUCGAGACUUGGAGGAUUUCUUCUCGGCUGUGGGAAAAGUAAGAGAUGUGAGAAUGAUAUCUGACCGCAAUUCCCGGAGAUCGAAGGGGAUCGCCUACAUUGAGUUUGUGGAGUCGUCGUCUGUGCCCCUGGCCAUAGGACUGACUGGCCAGCGCCUCUUGGGGGUGCCCAUCAUUGUCCAGGCAUCUCAGGCAGAAAAAAAUCGAGCUGCUGCAGCCGCUAAUAAUCUUCAGAAGGGCAGUGCGGGUCCUAUGCGGCUGUACGUGGGCUCGCUGCACUUUAACAUUACGGAGGAAAUGUUGCGAGGGAUCUUUGAGCCCUUUGGAAAGAUUGAAGGAAUUCAGCUCAUGAUGGACAGUGAAACUGGUCGCUCCAAAGGAUACGGCUUUAUAUCAUUUGCAGAUGCCGAGUGCGCAAAAAAGGCCUUGGAGCAACUGAAUGGCUUCGAGCUGGCCGGCCGGCCAAUGAAGGUGGGCCACGUCACAGAACGCUCAGACGCAUCCACAGCAAGCUCGUUCCUGGACAAUGAUGAGCUGGAACGGACUGGCAUCGACCUCGGCACCACUGGUCGCCUCCAGCUCAUGGCACGACUCGCUGAAGGAACUGGUCUAAAGAUUCCCCCUGCUGCUCAGCAGGCUCUGCAGAUGACUGGCUCCAUAUCUUAUGGAAACAUGGGCACACCAUCAGGUGUUCCAGCUCCUGCACCAAGCCAAGCUUCGAACCUUCCUUCUCAGCCACUGGCCACUCACUGCCUUCAGUUAUCCAACCUCUUCAACCCACAAGCGGAAAACGAUCCCAGCUGGGCUAUUGAAAUCCAAGAUGAUGUCAUUGAGGAGUGUAACAAGCAUGGAGGAGUCGUUCACAUUUAUGUUGACAAGAACUCUGCUCAGGGUAAUGUGUAUGUGAAGUGCCCCUCCAUACCAGCAGCAAUGGCCUCUGUAAAUGCACUUCAUGGACGCUGGUUUGCAGGGAAAAUGAUCAAGGCGUCUUAUGUUCCUUUACCAACAUACCACAACCUUUUCCCAGAUUCUGUAACAGCGAAGCAGCUUCUAAUGCCAACACGUCGAUAGUGAGAGACAUGCUUCUGAACGUCAGUGUACAUACAUUUCUUUGCACUGAUUUAAAAUGUAUUUGAAAAGGCUGCAUUAAAGUUGGUUGGCUGAAGUUCGUGUACGCCCUUGGGAAAAACAGGCAGUUUUGAGUUUCCUUUCAACUUUGUGGCUUUGUGAUGUCAACUACCACUGAAGAAAUCUGCAGGUCUGUUUUUAAAGAUUUGUCUCAUCUGCUUGUUUCUGUCAGUACUUUUAGAUUGAAAACAAAUAGCAGGAUUACACAAGUCUGAAAUAUUGGGUCUUAAAUACCAAAAGUAUAUCAAUGUCUACAAUAAUCCUUUGUAACUUUUUACAGCCAUAAUUUCAUUUUUAGUAUUAAGACUCCCAAUAAACUAUUUGAAAACUCA